AUGGGUUCGUUUUCACCCUUGACCAAGACCGCCGAGGUCAACAAUGACUAUGACACAUAUGUUGCUGGGGGAUUUGCACCACUUCCCAUUGCCUUGACCAGUGCCCAGGGUUCAAUUGCCUAUGGUGUUGACGGCAAGUCAUACAUAGAUUUUCUCAGCAUGAUUGCAGUCACCAAUAUGGGCCAUGGACACCCUAGGAUUGUGAAAGCUGCCGUCGAGGCUCUCCAGACAGGGGCCACAAUCAACUUGGUUGUCCAAAACCCGCACUAUGGACAGCUCGCAAGACGAAUCACACAGAUGUUCAAUUAUGAUCGCUUUGUUGCCCUCACCAGCGGUGGAGAGGUAGUUGAUGCCGCCAUGAAGAUGGCUCGGAAAUGGGGUUACCUUGUAAAAGGCAUCCCGAUGGGCAAAUGCUGCAUCUUAAGUGCAAGCCGUUGCUAUCAUGGCGUAGGUAUCUCCAACUUGUCACUCUUUAGCUUCAAGAGCUCUCUCUUCCAACCGUUUGACCCUAACAAUGGACAUAUAUCCCCGUCAGGACAUGAGGUUAGGUUCGGGUAUCUGGAAGACCUGAAGAAGGCGUUUGAGGCCGACGCCAAAAACAUCACAGCCUUUAUCAUUGAGCCUAUUCAAGGCGCAUCGGGAGUUAUCGUCCCACCAGAAGAUUACCUACCGGGGGUUGCAAAGCUGUGCAAGCAGUGUAACGUGCUUCUAAUCCUAGAUGAGGUCCAAACUGGACUGGGGCGUUGUGGCUACCCUCUAUAUCAGAUGAAGUAUGGCAUCCGGGCCGACCUGGUUGUGCUUGGCAAGGCGUUGUCUGGAGGUUUGUCCCCAAUGUCUGGGGUUCUCGGAGACAAUGAGGUUAUGGAGCUGCUCGACCCUGUAGAUCUAAAGGGUUGCGCAGCGGCUCUAGCUGCACUGAACGUGCUUGUUGACGAGGAGCUGUCCGCGAGGGCCGAUGAGAUGGGAGACUUGAUGAUUUCCACCAUCAAAGCUAUGAAGCCCCCGCAUGUGAUAGAGUACACCGGGGAUGCCCUAUUGCGCGCCAUAGUGAUUACUGAGAAGGAACCUCACGUAACUGCGCGACGUCUAGGGGCGUUGUUAGUACAGCGAGGUUUGAUCGCAAACGGUAUGAAGGGUGGUCGAAUCAGGCUCUAUCCUCCACUGAACAUAGACCGAGAAUUGCUCAUCAGGGGAGCAGAAAUGGUAGCACAGGCUCUCAUUGAUCUGGAGGGCAUCCCUGAAACUUUACCCGGAGAGAUUAUUCCCUUCAAAUAUGGCCAUUAUCUGAAAUAG